UAUGAGGUCGCUGCUAUCGUUUACUUAGUCACGACUGAAAUAAGACGACAGCAGCGACAUCUUUAUAUUCAACAACUGAAAUAAAAAUCUUUCAAUCAUGAAAAUGGCUGAUACCCCGGCAGUUGUUCGUCGUAAUCGACCUGGCACGAAAUAUGAGAAAUGGUGCCAUUGGCCUGAUGAAUCCUUUGAUGAAAUGGAGAGUACUCUUGCAGUUCAACAGUUUAUCCAACAAUCUAUACGUAAAGAUGUAACAAACAUAGAUGCCAUCCUCACUCCCCCUGAAGGUCAAGAAGAAGGUGUGUGGAAAUAUGAGCAUCUAAGGCAGUUCUGUAUGGAGCUCAAUGGACUUGCUGUUAAGCUGCAGAAUGAAUGUAAUCCAGAUAGCUGUACCCAGAUGACUGCCACAGAACAAUGGAUCUUCCUGUGUGCUGCACAUAAGACCCCAAAAGAGUGUCCUGCUAUUGAUUACACAAGACAUACAUUAGAUGGAGCUGCUUGUCUAUUAAAUAGCACUAAGUAUUUUCCAAGCCGGGUCAGUAUAAAAGAGUCAUCUGUAGCCAAGCUCGGGUCUGUUUGUAGAAGGGUCUAUCGAAUAUUUUCUCACGCUUAUUUUCAUCACAGAAUGCUGUUUGACAAAUUUGAGAAUGAGACUAAUCUUUGUAGACGGUUUACCACAUUUGUUACCAAAUAUAAUUUGAUGCCGAAGGACAGUCUGAUAGUACCAAUUCUGGAAGACCAGGCAUCUCUGAAUGGAGAGAGUGAAGCUUGAUUUGAAAAAACAAAAGUGAUUACUGUUAAAAAAAAACCCCAAAACCAAAAACUUAAAAUUACUGUACUGUUUCUGCUCGGCUAAGUAAAACUGUUUUUACUUAAACAAUAGUAGCCAGGGUUUGACAACCAGUUUCUCUACUGAUGACAACUGUGAACACCUUAAUAAACCAAUUACACAACUGUAGCAAAGUGUAUUGGGAGUUGUUGCAAGUAGGAAGAAACUAUGAAGAGCUUCAACACUCGAAGUGCUAACUGGUCUUUUUUUGACCAUUUUAUUUUCUAUUAUGAUAAUCUUAUUUAUGUUUAAAUUGACAUACUAGAUUCUUAACACAAAAAAAAUAAGUUCAGCUAUUAAACAGAAUCUGUUAAAAAUCGACUUAAAGAAAAUAGAAAUAUAUACAGGUUUCGUUAUUUCUGAUUGAAAUAAAAAUAUAUGUAUAUAUUAUUUACAAGAUAUGUGUAUAUAUAUAUGUGUGUGUGUGUGUAUAUAUAUAUAUAUAAAACAUGUAUAUUAUAAUAUAUAUACAUAUAUAUAUUAUAUUAUAUAUAGUGUAUGUGUGUAUAUGUAUAUAUAUAUAUAAUUUACAUGUGUAAAUAUGCACACAUUUAUAUAUAUAUAUACACAUACACACACACAUACACAUACACCUAUAUAUGAAUAUAUAUUACAUACACACAUGUAUAUAUGUGUGUAUAUGUAUGUAUACGUAUUUACCUGUGUAUAUCUAUAUAAGUAUGUGUAUAUAUAUAUAUAUGUGUGUGUGUAUAUAUAUAUAUAUGUAUUCAUAUGUGUAUAUAUAUAUAUAUAUAUAUAUAUCAUCAUCAUCAUCGUUUAAUGUCCGCUUUCCAUGCUAGCAUGGGUUGGACGAUUUGACUGAGGACUGGUGAAACAGGAUGGCAACACCAGGCUCCAAUCUAAUUUGGCAGAGUUUCUACAGCUGGAUGCCCUUCCUAACGCCAACCACUCAGAGAGUGUAGUGGGUGCUUUUACGUGUCACCCGCAUAUAUAUAUAUAUGUAAUGACUGAAACAAGUAAAAGAUUAACGAUUGCAGACAAGCUAAUGGACAAAAUCGGCUGCAUCUUUUUUUUUCUUAUGCAUGUUUUCCAUUACCAUUUUACCAAGUAUCUGACAGAGAUAAUGUUUAACCUGUUCUUGCUACAGCAGGAAUACAACAUGACAAGGUUAACAAUAAAAUAACCAGACAAUGAUUAACUAGCAAAAACCAAAUAUAAAUAUUUAAAUAGCCUUAUAGUUUUAGUCUAAAUUCUCAAAAUAUCAGAUCCUUUGUUUUCAGUAACUGUAACUAGAAGCUAAUUGACUUAGAGCUUCUUUCAAGUAUUUCAGAUUUUUGUUUAAAUAUUUUUAAUGUAAAAGGUCUCAAAUUUCA